AUGGCGGUCGAGGAUCCCAUGCCGUUGAUUCAGGCCCAGGUGGCCAAACGUGGACUACGCAUCGCCGAAUUCUUUCACGACUUUGACCGACUGCGUACCGGUACCGUCACCAAAGCUCAGUUUACUCGGUGUUUGGGCCAGCUAGACCUGCGUUUGCAAGACAAGCAGCUGCAACAGCUGCACCAAGCAUUUGAGGGCCCCGCCAAAGAUCUCGUGGAUUAUCGCCGCUUCUGCGACGCAGUUGACGCUCGCUUUGUUGGCAAGGGUCUUGAGCGCAAUCCCAAUGCCUUUGUGCCCCAGGCCAGCGUGCGUGAUUUUGCCCAGCCCUCUCUCCUAGAGCCGGAGCUGGAGGACAUAUAUGACGGCCUGAUUGAGCAAAUUCGGACGCACUGUGCCACGUAUGGGCUCAGCGUGCGCGAUGCCUUCAAGGACUUUGACCGUGUGAACCGCGGUGUAGUCACUGAAUCGCAGUUUCAGCGCAACCUGCCUCGCCCCAGCACAUUCACUCCUGUCGACCUGCAGAUUGUGAUUGAGAAGCAUCGCGACCCUGAGGACCCUGGCAUGAUUCAGUACAUGCCGCUCUAUCGCGAGGUUGCGGGUAUUGUAGUCCAGCAGCCCACCACUUUGCGUCUGCGCGAAACCCUCAAACGUCGGGAGCCCGUCGUGUCAGCCACCGAGGUGCCAGUGGACGAGCUGCUGCGCCAACUCCAAUUGGCCUUUUACAAGGGGCGCGUACGCGCACUGCAAUUUUUCCAAGACUACGAUCGCCUGCGCUCUUCCCACGUCACGCCCCACCAGUUUAUCUGUGGUCUCAGCCUGGCCUGUUCCGGUCCUGGCUUUCCGCGCUUCUCGCGGGCUGACAUGCAACGCAUCGCAGAUGCCUACACCUCAGACCGCGGCGUCAAGUAUCGCGACUUUUGCAAGGAUGCCGAUGAGACGUUUUUGACGGGCAUGCAUGAAGACAUGACACAGCAGCCCACCGCGGAAACCCGAGAGCUGACGCGGUCUGAGCUGGUGCACGAGUACGCAGGGCAAGGCCAGCCCAUGUCACCUGAGCUCGAGGAGCUUCUUGCUGAUAUUCGCACCUACAUCUCGGCUCAGCGGCUUGAUCCCUAUCCACACUUUCGAGAAUUUGAUCGCCGCCUGGGCUUUACCAAGGGCGUCACCACUACUCAGUUUCAUCGCUUGCUUGACAUGACGUUGAAACGUCCCUUCUCAGAGGCCCAGGUGGCCUUGCUAGCCGACUACUUUCGGCACCCGGAGAGCCAGGAUGUCAACUAUCAUGCCUUCUUGGCCCACGUUGAUGCCGUUUCCAAACUAGCGGAUACUUUGACGGACAAGCUGUAUUUUGACACGCGCUCGGUCGCCGACUUCCCCACACUGGCCGACGUGGUUUCAGACGACUCGGCCGUGGAGCUGGACAUUGACUCGGCUCGUGACUGGAUUGUUGCCAAGUGUAUCACACGAAGCUUGCGCGCUGCCGAGUACUUGCGCGACUUUGACAAGCUUCGUCGGGGCUUCAUUACGCCGGCUCAGUUCCAACAAGGACUGCGUGUAAUGGUGCCGCAGAUUCCGACAGAGGUUUUGCGAUCCCUUACAGUCGCCUAUACCGAUCCGAGCCGGCCGGCACCCACGACGGUGGACUGGCGGCGCUUUGUGCACGAUGUGGAUGAUGCCCUCAACGGCGGUGCGGCGCUUGAGAAAGAUGCCUCUCGCGUGGCGCCCGAUCUGAACUCGACGGCCCGAUCACUGGCUCGUGCCACCAUCCAGCCACCCGAGGCCCGUGGCUUUACCGAUGAGACCUUUGCGGAGUACGACGAUGCCAUGGACAACAUUCGCCAACAAAAGCGGAAUCGGGCAUUGGAGGUGCGGGGUAUCUUGCGCGAUUUUGAUCGAACGAGGCAGAACCGCGUGACGCCGCGCCAGUUUCAACAAGCGCUCGACACGGCUGGGUUCCGCCUCUCCGAGCGCGAACUGACGCUCGUCACGACGUACUACAUGGAUGGGGAUCGGAUCAACUACGCCGACUUUUUGGAGGACAUUGAGCCGUCGGAGAAGCUUGAAAACAAGACCCUGCAAGGCACGCAACGCCUCAAUGCUUUGAACAAGGACCGCCGCGCGGCCAUUGAGGCAGCCGAGCCAGCCCUCUUCGAGGCCGUGCUUGCCAAAGUCAAGACCUUGGUGGCCAAAGAGCGGAUGCGUAUUUCUGAGCACCUACGUGACUUUGACAAGCUGCGCCGGGGCAUGAUCACCGCGAACCAGUUCCGAGCCGGCCUGUCCAUGGCCAAAGUUGAGCUCACCUUGCCAGAAAUGCGUGCUCUGGAAGAGCACUAUCAUAUCAUGGAUCAAGGCAAUGACUUUGUGGCCUACACACGUUUUUGCCGGGAUGUCGAGUCAGUGUUCACGCUGGACGACCUGCACACGCAGCCCCUGGCCGAUGCCGUACCGACGAUUCCACCUGUCGGCGUUGAGCUCGCGGCGCAGGAGCGCAUGCGGGAGCUCAAGUCGGGCCACGAGAACAAGGCGCUGCAAGUGAUUGCAGCCGAGGUCAAGCGUCGUCGCAUGCUACUGCAGCACGAUUUCAAGGAUUUUGAUAAAAUUCAUCGUGGCGUGGUGACCAAGGACCAGUUUUUCCGUGUGCUCACAGAUCUCAACUUGGGCCAGCUUCUGACAAACGAGGAGCGCGAACAGCUUGCAGAACAUUACUCGGCCCGCGUGGGUGGCCGCUGGGAUGUGCACUACCGUCAGUUUAUCGACGAUGUGGAGCAGUACGGCGAGGUCCUCCACCGAGAUUUUGUCAACAGCCAAUAG